CAUUUGCCCAAGGCAUAGGAACAGGGUGGCAAAACAUGAUCGGAUCCCAUGUCGAAAAGAAUGACUUCGCGCAUAUCUACUGACUUGCUCUCUUCUUUCUUCAAAUUCCUGACACUUUUUUCUUUCCCCUCUACACGCUUAUGGUUGCUUGCUGGCUCGGGCUGACCGGUCUUUGCAUCAUUAGCGACUGGCACACGUGUCUUGCGCAGGCGCAAUCGGUACGUGGAUGUUUCUCGACAGGCCGUCAUCGGCUGACCUCCUUUAGCAUUGCACAUAGGCUUUACGAGCGUAUGCGAAAAGUCCAGAUCCGACAUGGCUUCUACCUUUACCAUGGUGAUCAAGCAAGGUAGCUUUCAAAGCGGACACUGCAGCACCUGGAGCCGUGGAUUGAAGUUGAUGUUGUGCGCGGCCAGUCUUCUGGCUGCCGUUAUUCUAUUGCGCCGGCAUGCCUCCUGCACGAACGACACAUGCUCGCCCCUCUGCUUUCUGAGUGCGCUCAAGAGCUUGAGCGCCCCUCAUGGAAAAGUCGCAUUGCAAGGCAAUUGGCGGUCGGCCCAGCUUAUUAAACGUGUUGAAAUACACCUUCCCUCGGACGUCACGAACCCUACGACACGCCACGCCAUGGCCAAAAGCGCGAUGGAGUACCUCGAGGACUAUCCCGGCGUGACACAAGUCAAAGCGAUGGCUGGUUUCAAGGGGGGCAACAGGCUCCAACCCAAGACUCAUUUCAGAGCCAAGUUGAUCGUCGAGGGAGACCGUCGAUACGUCUUUCGCGAUAAGCAGAACAGGUUGAUCCAUCGCAUACCUAUGGCGAAGGGGCAUCGCUUCUUCAGCAAAUCCAGAGUAUAUUCCGAAGACGUCUUUCAUGGAGUCGAUCGCCACAGCGAGGCGCGCACCUCUGCGCAAGUGACAGCCUUUCCCAGAAUCGCUGACUCGAGGCAUCUGGACGAGGAAGCACUGCCCACCAGUGUUGAGGCGGCCAUCGAUAGAAAGAAAGAGCUAACAGGACUUGCCCUGAAACGCAUGAAGUCCGCGCCGGAUGUGAGAAAACACAAGGGAAACCCCCUUCGAGCAGAGGAGAGGCAAUUGGGGUACAAGGAGGCGUUUCGCAAAAGAUUUGAUCCGAACAAACGAACAUCUCAACUCGAGACGCCUAGAGAUCCGGUGCUUCAUAGACAACUCUUACGAGUCAACGCGCUGCUGGAGGGAAAACUUGCGUCGGCAGAGGGGCCGGGCAAAUCAGCUUCCCAACAGCCGGGUAUGACCGGUGAGACUUCAGCUCCCACUGACGAGACGACACCUAGACUUGAGCUCUUGCAUCCAGAAAGACCUCGGGGGGAAGGAGGCAGGUUCAUCGCCAAAUCUUCACAAGCAUCAGAAGUCGUCGCUGCAUCUUCGGCAGUUCAAAAGGGCUCAGCUUCGACGGGCGAGAAGAGUACCAACAUGCAUCUCUCGCAGCCAAAGGUACCUCGGGGCAAAAGGGGCAGCUUCACCGCAGAAUCCUCAGGGACACAAAAGCGGCCCAAGCUCGGCGGCGCAGACAACUUUGCCCCUCAGCGCAAGACCCGCACUGUUCAGACUCCAACGGAGGGGGCUGCGCUUGCUCAUGUGGGCUCAGGUUCCCUAAGGCCAGUGCCUGCUGCGCACGAUAUUAGACUCUGGACGUUAUCGAACCAUCGCGGACGCACAAGUGCGGGCGAAGUAGAACGAGCAAGUAUGACUGCUCAAGGCCACGGACCACCUGCAACCCUGGAACGUGUCUCACAUUCCUCUGAUGUUGCGGCCUCACCAAAUCAUGAAAGCAACCCAGGGCUCAGCUCGCCUUCUCCUCAAUCGUCCUACAGACCAGUCAUCACCUGGCACACAGGUUCGCCGACUCAUUCUGAUGCCAACAACGCCCACGCAGCUGCAUCUCCGCCUCCAGCAGACGAUUUUCACUUCCCUCAUAUUGUUGGCGACUACGACGCGGACCUAGCGGCAUGGCUGCACAGCCCAUCGACAAGUCCGAAGAGUCAAGGUCACGCUGCGCACACGGAUCCCGUCUCGUCGAGUCAUGCAUCUGCUGGAAUCAAUGCAGCUACGAGCCACAACCAAAUCGUGCCGGAGACUGCGCACCACGAAUCUGAUCCAGCUAGUCCUGCGUAUCAUCACUUUUCGCCGCUCGACAACCAUUUCGAGCCUGACGAGCUUGCUCACCUACUUCGGAGCCCGCCCCGAGCAUCGCUUUUGCCCCCAGACCACCAUGGACUUGCGAGCGAAAAUCAUCGCAUGCAUCGGCGAUCUGUGCAGGUAAAGUCUGUGAUGAAGAAGCAAUUUCGGCGAGAGCUACACGGAUCGACCGCGCGGCUACAGAAAAGGGUCAUCAUCGACUAUCACACUAUAAGCAAGCCAGAGCCUCAAUGGGCGUUGGCACAUUCGAUCAAGAAGCACUUUGAGGAAUUUCACGGUGGACAAGAGCCCGACUCGGUCAUUGUGCAGCACAACUUCUCGCCUUCUGCAGAUCCGAAACAUCCGGAACGCCCCGCUUGCUUGGUAACAGCAUACACGGCACAAGGCACACGGACGCUAGACAAUUGCCCAACUGCUGCGCAUCAGCCAGAGGUCAAACCAAACGAGCACGUUGUGCAUCUCUCUGACAAGUUCCAUCCCGUGUACAUCAAUGAAGUGCGCCAAGUAUUCAGGAUCAAAGAGAUUGCACCUCCCACUCGACCGCGCAAGGCCGGCUACGGAAGGCUGGUCCAGACCAACCAUCUGGAUGAAGAUGGUUUCAUCAAGCCAGAACAUGUAGGCAAGGAGAUCAGCAAACCUCGUCCAGUCAGGGGCCCCUGGACAAGUCCAUGAUGAGUGGCCAAAUGCCAAGAAUCCCACCAAUGGCUCAAAUUCGACCCCUUCGACCAGCAAUGCCGCUCGGAGGUUUUGGAGGUAAGAGAAGACGCUUUCAACCGCCUGGUGGCUUGGGCUUCGAAAGGAGCAUCGGUGCUGCCAGGGAGAUUCCUCGGACGGAGAUUGACAAUGCAGCGCGCGGCGCAUCGAAGAAGGAUGCCUCAUCGAGCAGAGAACGCGUCUCGAAGCAGACCAUUGCGCAGGAGUCCCCCACAGCGCGCGAGGUCACCGCGCCUUUGCAAGGCGGCGCUUUUCCGAGCGCAAAAAGACCUGCAGAAGUGUCAGUAGAGAC